ACAGUCUGCACAGAAGAAAAGAUAAUUUCUUCGUCAACACCGAACAUGUCCUCAAAGACCUCUCCAAACUCUGCUCCGGGUUCCCCCGAUUGUGGGGACGUUUCUGUCAUCUUUGUGGGAAAAUCUGGAGUCGGAAAAUCAGCUCUUCUGAAUGCCGUACGGGUGAUGACCGAAGAUGAUGUGGGAUCAGUCCCCGUGGGAGCUCCGGUGAAAUCUGAAAAGCCCAUCAUGUACCCUGACCCAAUUUACAGUAAUUUACUUCUGUGGGAGCGCUCAAUGGAUGGCAAGGGACAUGCGGAUCAAUGGAUGAGAGAGGCUGACCUGAUUGUAUUGGUAACUGAAGACAAGUUUGAGGAUUCUCACGCCCGCCUGGUGUUGGAGGCCCGGCAGGCAGGCAAAAAAGUGUACUUUGCCCGGUCCAAGGCUGAUCUGGAACUUCACACUCUCAAGCGGUUGAUGGGACAAAGUUACAAUCGGUCAGAAGUCCUCCAGGCCCUCCGGGAGGCCUGUACUGAAUCUCUGGGGACCCUCCCGCUGGUGGAUCCCUUUGUAUAUCUGAUCUCUGCUUUUGAGCCUGGUGCACUGGAUUGCCCCCAUCUGCGAGAAGAUUUGCUGAAAGACCUGCACCUAUAUGAAAGGGUGCAGAAGCCUACCCGCUUCGACUAUGAAGAGUUCAGUGAAAAAGAGCUUGCCGAGAUCCAGGAAGCCUACGAACUGGGAGGCCUCUCUGAGGUGGUGACUCGAAUCCAGUCCAGUUUGGAAACCAUGUGGAACACCCAGCUGGAUAUUGCGGUCACAGGAGAAUCGGGCGCUGGAAAAUCCACCUUUGUUAAUAUCUUGAGGGGCCUGAGCGAUGAAGCGGAAGGGGCGGCCGCAACGGGAGUGACCGAAACCACGAUGGAGCCCACGCCGUACGCUUAUCCUGGGCACGCCAACGUCAUCCUGUGGGAUCUGCCUGGUAUAGGAACGCCCAACUUCCAGGCUGAUAAGUACUUGGAAACGGUGGAGUUUCCCCGUUACGAUUUCUUCAUCAUCCUGGCUUCCGAGCGGUUUAAAGAAAACCACGUUCGUUUGGCCCGGGCCAUUGUCCAACAGGGGAAGCAGUUCUACUUCAUACGCACCAAGAUAGACAAUGACUUGGACGCCGAGCGGAGGAAGAAGAAUCCACCCACGGAAGCCGAAGUUCUGGAGGUGAUCAGAAGGGACUGCCAGACCAAGCUUUCCAAGGCUGGGCUGAGCGAUGCCAAGGUGUUCCUUCUCAGCAAUUUUUACCUGGAGAAAUUUGACUUCCAGGCUUUUGAGGAAACGCUGGAGCACGAGUUGCCCGCCCAUAAGCAGCAGGCUUUUCUCCUGUCUCUCCCCAUAGUCUCUUCGGCCGUCAUAGAGAAGAAGAAGAAGCUCCUUCACCAGGAGAUCUGGAAAGUGGCCUUGGUUUCCAGUUUGGUCGCUGCUGUCCCUUUGCCGGGCCUGGCCUUCGCCUGUGACGUUUCCAUUUUGCUGAAGAAGUUGUCCAGUUACCGGCAGGACUUUGGCCUUGACGCAGCAUCUUUGUCCAGACUGGCUGAACGAUCCGGGAAGUCCAUGGAGGUCUUGAGAAAAGAAGUACACAGCUGCCUAGGCCGUAGCAUCAACAAGGAUGUGGUGGUCAGUUUGCUGGGGAAGGCCACUGGAACCGGCCUGAUGGUGGCCAACCUUUUCCUCCACCGCUUCCCGAUUUACGGAGCACUGGCCUCGGGGGGUAUCUCCUUCCAUACCACCUACUCCAUGUUGAGGCAGUGCCUGGAGGAGCUUGCUGCUGACUCCCAACGCGUUCUGAUAAAGGCCUGCGAAAGCAACGUCUGAUGCGGUUAAGACAGUUUACCUGUCUGGUCCCCUCCAACUACAGUUCCCAUCAUUCUCAGCUGGUCUGGCUUCUGGCUGCAGGAGAACGACUUUCCUCGUUCCCGUUUCUGAUCUUCCCUGGAUGUCUUGUCUUGUCGUGGAGGCUCCUCGCUUAGCUUCUGUUACUAACAAGCUACUCAGCACCAUGGCCUGUAGAAUCUUGAGGACUAGGAGCCAGUGUUUGCUUUGACUUUGAUGUUCUGGAGACCAUGUUUAGAUGAGCCACUUGGUCUCAGAAGGUUCCACUGGCCCUAUAAUUAUUUAUUCAUUUAAGUGUAUUGCCCCUCUCUCUUCUGGCAUGAGUUUGAAUGAAAUUUAAGGUUUUUGUGGCAAAUUACUGCCCUAGCCCUGGGAUGACUAACCAGAAGAGGAGGGGAAAGAAGGGGCAUAACAUCUAAUCAUAUUUUCCAGAGUUAGAUCCCAGUGUAAGCCAUAGAGCUUUUCCAACGGGAAAACUUAGUUGGAGCAUAAGGCUUGAAUCUUAAAAUUUCCCUGUUGCUUUAUUUAUGGUGACGCUCCCUUGGCUUGCCACUAGAGGGUGGUGUUGGUCACAUGGCUGGCUGGGGAAUUCUGGGAAUUGAAGUCCACACUUGAUGAGGUGGCAAAACACUGAUUGAGACACGUGUUGAAUUGCAAUUGAUGGGUGUCUUGCAGGGUGUGUGUGUGUGUGUGUGUGUGCAUCAAAUGUAUAUAAAAUAGCAUGCUGUGCAAAGGAUCAAACAAGACCUUUCCCCCUCUGUUUCCUCCCAUGCUGUAGAAAUGUUUCUCAAACGCCAUAAAUAAAAAGAUGCUAGAG